ACGCUUCGUUUACUGUCAACAUUGUGUCAACACACGAGUAGCACGCAUUGUUUUAGUCUUUCGGAAUUUUUCGGUUCGCUUGUCUUUUGUAAUUGAAUUGAAUUGAAGUUGAGAUAGUUUUCGGUGAAAAUGGUUCGAAAAUUGCAAUAUCAUGAGCAAAAAUUGUUGAAGAAGGUCGAUUUUAUGAAUUGGCCCGUCGACAACAAUUUACACGAGGCAAAAGUGAUGCGAAAAUUUCAUAUUCGCAAACGUGAAGAUUACACAAAGUACAACAAAUUGUCGCGAACGAUUCGAGAAUUGGCCAAGAAGAUCAGUGAAAUUGAUGCAAAAGAUCCAUUCCGUACCGAAAUGAGUGCAGCUCUGCUGGAAAAAUUGUACGUUCUUGGAUUGAUACCAACCAAAUGGGACCUAAACAAUGCAGUCAAUAUUUCGGCCAGCAGUUUCUGUCGCAGACGAUUGCCCGUGGUUAUGGUCAGAAAUAACAUGUCAGAAAUCAUAAAAAAUGCCACCGAUUUAAUUGAACAAGGCCAUAUUCGAGUUGGUACGGAAGUUGUAAAGGAUCCAGCAUUUUUAGUGUCACGCACCUUAGAAGAUUUCGUCACAUGGGUCGAUAGCUCGAAGAUUCGUAGACAUGUCAUGGAAUACAAUAAUAUGCGAGACGACUUUGAACUGUAGAAAAGUUACACUAUUUCUUUUUGCAUAAAUUUUUACCAAUAAUUUUAAGUGAAUUCAAUAAAUUAGACAAUUUCGUUUGUAAAAAAUGAAUUUUUUUCCUUUUUUUGACGGCGACCAUAUUUGAACCAAUGAACGUUCGUCAGAAACAGAUUUUCUUCGUCAGUUCAUACCGUAUUUUUCUGCUAACUUUUUUUUGUCCAUUUUAAAACUUAUAAACUAUCUAUUCGGAGCAAUUAGAAUCACUUACCAUACAUUGUGAAAUUUAUUUUUAUUCAUGAAAAUCAAACAAAUAUCAAAGAUUACCAUCAAAACAAAGAAUGAGUGACAUAACCUAAAAAAACGUAGACAAAUAUUUGUGUGCCUUAUCUUGCUGGGGGGUCAACUACAAAUGCUUUUCAAAUGAAUAGUUGUACAUCGGUUCAAAAUAAAUUCAGUUUUUUUUAAUCGUAAAAUUUACACUUAAAUUUAAUUAGAAAAUAAACAUUGUUUUCGUAGAACUGGAAA